CCGCAUAGAAAAAGUAACGACUCAAAUAUAUUUUGCAAGAAAAUGCGCAGUCCUCUAACGGUGCUCAAUGCAAGAGCCACAACUACGUCGUCCUCGUCGUCUUUCAGUGGCUGUAUAGCAGGGUGGUGUCGCGCAACUGGCCGCGGAGCAUCAUCAACUCCGUCGAGCUCGAGCAGCCGUCGUCUGUGCACCGCGGCGCGAGAGCUCCUAUCCGCGUCAGCUUCCUCCUCUUCAGGUGCGGGCAGGAGUAGACCUGAUUCCGAUUCAGCAGAGCAGCAAAAAGCGCAACUCCCACGGAAUAUCCUGCGCGCGGCGAGGCUGCAAUUGGAACACAGUGGACGCUGUAGGUCGACGGGGUCGGCCGGCAAAGUGAAUCAGGAUUGGCAAGAGUUUGGGGAUGCGCUAUUGGAUCUAGGAACGUCAGAGGCAGCUUCAAACGCGAACUCAUCUUUCAAUUCUCCCUUCAAUUCGGCGUUCCUCACCACAAAGUCCGGCAUCACGAACCUGCAGAAACUCUGCCGUCUCCUCGCCUUCGACGCCAAUUUUCGGAGUUUCGCUUUUUGGCCCUUGUUCUCGGCCAGAAUAGCGGGCAUCUACGAUCCCGAGGACGAGGCGGCGCGGGAAACCGCGAGGGAAGCGGCUGGCGGUAGUAGUGGACCUCUCAGUGGGGAGGAUCACCACGACACAGAUCAAGCCAGGCGAAGCGCCGACAAUGAUUUCGACGAGAACUACGAUGAUGAAGAUGAUGACAUUUAUGGCGACGAAGGUGAUGAUAUUGAUGCCAUCCAAGAGUCUUUCACGGGCCAAGCGUUGCCGCUGGAGGACGUGUUGAUCAUUUGUGAGUGCUAUGCCCAAGUGAACCACCAGUGCAAGCACGCUUUCACGGCCUUGGUGAAACAGAGCUUGCGACGGCUCCGCGAGGAUCUGCCGCUGACUUCGAGUCCGUAUGAUGAUAGUACUAGUGCUGAAACUGAAACAUCAGGACGACAAGAAGAAGUACCAGAUCUUCACCCCACGACACGAAAAACGGUUCUCUCCGCCGAAGAAAUUGCAAACUUACCGACGAGACUGCAGCGCCGGCAGGCGGAGCUCGAGAACAAGAGGAUCCGGGAGGAGGAGGCGCGCCUGGAGAGGACGAAAGUGCUCUUCCACCGCGUGAUGAAAGUGUUCGCGAAGGUAUCAAAUGUAAAAAUGUCUGGGUCUAGAUCUAGAACAAUUCAUGUUUGUCAUGCUUGUCUGGCAUGACUCUGAAAUCUGUCAUGCAAGUUACCCAAGAGCUUCGUUUUUCUGUGAUGCAGAAGCGCAGUUUGUCAUGCAGAAUAGGCAACACCUAGGAGCUCAGAAGCUUGUCAUGCUGAGCCAGCAUUUGUAGCCUCAUCAUGAGACGCCACCCAGCAUCACAAGUUUCCAGACCCAGACACUUUUGCAUUUGAUAGAAGGCGUCGAUCCGCAACAACCGGCUGAUGGAGGAAAUUUCGCAGUUUCUGCUCACCUGGCGCCAGCCGCGGCCGUUCGAAAACCGGGAGUUCGCGUUGCUCUUUCUGCAUGUGAUGAGCCAAACUGGGUAUCGCAGCGAUGUGCUGUUGCAGCACUUCGGGAAGCGGUUCUGGAACACGAACGGGGCGGUUGAUCAGUUUGGUGCUGGUGCAAGCGAAGUGAGGAGUAGAACGACUUCUUGCGCAGCUGCUCUCUUGGGGGACAGUGAGAGUAAUGUCCCGAGUACACGUCUUCAAGAGGAAGAGCCCUCCGCCAGUAGUGGUCCUACAAAUGAAGCAGAAGCAGGCCCAGAUUUUAAUUCUGUCGACUCUACUACGAAAAAUUCCACCGCGUGGAAGCGGCAAGUCCUGUUUGCCGACUGUUUUUUGGCGUGCAAACAAAUGAAAGAUUACAACAACACGCAGGAGCCACAGGCCGCCAACCCCUUUGUUGAAGAGCUUCACUACCGUUCCCAGUCUUGGAAAACCCUCCCCGGGAAAGAAAUUGCUUCGGUGGUCGUAAAAUCCCUGGGCAAGCUGCAGUACCGGCACGACUCGUUACUCAAGCUCGUGGUUUCCGACAUCCUAUUAGACGACGACCAGCGGGCGAUAGCCCGGGCCAUUGCAACGAAAGACGGCGAUGUGGAGGAUCGUCAUGCAGGAGGAGGGAGCGAUAACGACGGUCCGACAACUGCCGCUGCUCUUGUUGACGCUGGACGAACUGCGGCGGGACAAGCUCAAGCAUCGUCUUCGUCUACAUCUUCAAGCGGAUUGAUUUGGCAAGACAAAGACCACCGCGGGCCGAGAGCAGCCACUAGAAAUAAGAGCACCACUGCGAUGAAUGACAACAAAACCAAGUACGACGCGGCCGACGUCGCGAACGUGUGCGAAGCGAUGCUGCUGACCAAGCGGGAUAAGGGGAAAACGGACUGGUGGAACAGUCAGCAGCAGUUCCAGCAGUUGCUCCAGUCCCUGCAGGUGCGACUCGUGGACGAAAUGUCUUGCCGUGACACGAUGAAGGCCAAAGAUCUGGCCUGCAGUGCCUGGGUACUGGGGAAAGCGAAGGUGGACCGGGAGGAUUUGUGCCUGCUUUUGUGGGAGGAGUUCGUGGAAAGGAGAAUCUUGCGGCUGGGAGAGGACCUUCCGGAGAUGUCGAGCCAGACACCUGGUCUGGCGCAUGGGGACUGGGGCGAUGUGGCGGAUAGGGAUGAUACUAGCUUUGUUGAGGCGGGAUCGGGAAAAAUGGAAGCAGUUGAAGAAUCAUCGACCUCCGGCUGUAGUAGUUUGACAAGUGGCGGCGCAUCUUUAUCUGACGAAGAAGAAGAGGUCGACCUAAACGGGCUUUCCGAGAUGAGAGGCGCCUCGUCUUCUUCGUCCAACGGAAAAAUGGAGAUAUUAUCGGCUGAGGACGAGGAAGUUGCUAUAUUCGGGAGUAAAAAUAGCCGCGGGAAAAAAGAACCACACGACAUUAGCGACGAAGGUCCUCUCGGUCUCGACGAAAAAGAAGAUCCGGAGGAGCAUGUUGACAGCCUCGAACUCUUCCCAGAAAUCGAUCCAGCUGCUGCGAAUAUAGAACUACAAAGAACCCGAGUAGGACAAAUAAACGACGAAAUAACGUCGGUCGCCAUCGCAGGAGCAUCAUUUCCCGCGGGCCAAGUCGAUCAAACAAGCGCGUCAUUGUGUGAAGGAACACCAUUUAUUUCACGACCCGCAGCACAGCAAUACAACAACUCUCGAGCUGCAGGCACUGUUCCACCUGAAGAGGAUUUUUCGCCGGAGCUUUUGGUGCAGUUUCUCGAGGGGCUGGUUUACAUGUGCCCAACUCACAAGCGAAAGCGAGCCCUGGUUCCCAAAAUCGAGAAGCUCUCCCCCUGGAUCUGCGCGAACGUGUGGCUGUUUGACUUGCACGAGCUAAUUCAGUAUGAACUGCAAAAGUAUCGCACCCGUAUAAAUGCGUUACAAAUUUCCUCAGCAUGAGAAAUAAGAUUUGUAAUGCAGAUUCGCCUUGGGAACAAGAUUUGUAAUGCAAGACUUGCAUUUAUACAAGUGCGAUACUUUUCCAUUUGAUAUUCAGUGCAACCGGUACUUGGCGGACUUGGGGUACAGCGAGUUCGGGUACUACCAAGCCUUCGUGCCGUUCCUGAACCAAAGGACGAAUUUGAUGACGGCGACGGACGUGCAGAACGUGCAGGACACGUACAACAAACUGAAGUUCACCGACGACGAUUUUCUGACAGACAACAUGAUGAUCGGCCGCCAAUUUUUCUACCGGCUGGGGAAGCGGUGGCAGGUGCUCUACGCGAAACAGAUGCGGGAGCGAACAAGCAAACGGAAUAGCUUACUGGGAAAGACUGGUAGGGGGGAAUUUUCGCAGCGGAUUGGGUGAAAAGUGAUGCUUCAAGUUUAAGCAUAAGUAGAGUCAGAUACUGGAUGCUGCUCAUCUUCUUGAUGCUGAUGCGUUUUGGAGGACACAGCUAGGAAUACUCAGGUCGAGGGCGUGCUGAUACGUCCUGAAACAAAUGUACAAAUAAAAGCACGGCAAGACACUUCUGCAAAAGACAACAGAGUCUGAGAGGGUAGAUUUUAGGAAGAU